AUGUCCAUCCUGCCGCCGCCGCCGCUCACCCGCAGGGCCUUCUGGAGACUGUCCGUGACCUGGGGGACCCUUCUUCGCCCAGGAGGUCAGCAGGUGCAGCAGCGUCGCCAGGAGGCGGCCCAGGGACCUCACGCACUGGCCGCUCAGCCGAGCUCUCGUUUGCAAGAGGGGGCGCUGUGGAGGCUCACUCAGCUCGCGGGCUCUGCCGUGCACUACCUGGCCGGCUUCAGCUGCCAGUCGGGGCCUGACGGCGGGUGGGCCCCGGGUGCUGCCCCUCGGCGCGGAGGUCUUCCUGGCCGCCCGAGGGAGCUGGUCUACGUCUACGACCGGGAGGCGAGGCAGCUGACCGCGGCCCUUCGCCGGGCGCUCCUCCUCGUCCUGUGCGCGCGGAGGGGCAUCUAUUGCUUGUCUUUGGACCAGGCUUGCAGGUCUGUGAGCCAGAGUGAUGGGGACGACGACGAGGACAGCGAGUCCCCCUCCCCCGUGACCCCUGUGGACCCAGACACCCGUGUGCUCCCCGACACCACGCUGUGCGCGUUCACGGUGCUGGGCGACCUGCUCAUCGCCGAGCACACAGUGGACAUGCAGGGCCUGUGCUUCCCGGGCCUGGCUGCGACCCCUCACCCCCACCCCGUGCAGGCCCCUGCGCCUUGCCACCCUCCCAGCGACCCCGUGAGCACCUUCCUGGAAACCUGCUGGUGGCCGGGCAGCGAGCCAGUGGGGUCCGAGUCCCUGUUCGCCAAGUGCCUGCCGCCGUCCGUGGCCGCCAUCCGGGUGUCAGCAGAGCUGCUCAGAGCUGCCCUGGGGGACAGUUACUCAGGCGUGUCCCUGUGCUGUGCCACCGUGGACGCUGUGCGGGCCCGAGCCCUGACCUCUGUCCAGGCCGUGGCCCCAGACGGCACCGAGAUCUGCCUCAUCGUCCACGAGGUGGCGGUGGCCAACCUGUGCCCGGCGGGGCCCGUCCAGGCCGUGGAGAUCCAGGUGGAGAGCUCGUCGCUGGCCAACAUGUGCAGGGCCCACCACGCUGUCGUCGGGCACAUGCAGAGGAUGGUGGUGGAGCAGGCCGCCCGGGGCUCCAGCCCACCCGACCUCCUCGUGCAGCAUCUCCACCAGAUCCAGGCCAACCACGAGACGCUGCUGCCGGAGGUGCAGGCCCUGCGGGACCGGCUGUGCACAGAGGACGAGGCCAGCUAGGCCACGGCCGAGCGUCUCCUGCAGGUGUACCAGCAGCUCCGCAGCCCCAGCCUCCUCCUGCUGUGAGCAGGUCCAGC